AUGUUGCAGCAGAAUCAAAUAUCAAACUUGCUCAAAUCAGCACUACUGUCACCGGGAUCUACAACAACAUCAUCAACUCCCUCAGUACCCAAUUUCCAUCCAAUUUCAAUUUCAUUAUUAUCCAACCAUGGCAAUCCAUUAAUCUCACUCACUACAAAGAGUCAAUCCACGGAGCGUGUUGAUCAUCAUCAACUGCAGCUGCAACUGCAGCCACAACUGCAAUUGCACUCCUUGCAUAGUUCCAAAGCUGGUACUCCAACAACAACAACAAUGCCCACAGUAACAGGUGAAGAAUACGACCACGCUAGAGCAACACCAUCAGUUUAUACAGGGGGUAACGCAGACUCGCAAGAUGGAACGUCGUUCAUCACCUUGGAUCAAUUAAAGAUAUAUUCAUUAAUUGCAUACAAUACAAUUACCGAAGCCACCGACUCUGACGAGUCAAGUAGUGACACCGAUGAUGCUAAUGAUUGGUCAAUUGUUGAUUUCGGUACUGUUAAAUGUAUAAUCUCAAAAGUUAACCUUGAUCAAAACCCAUCACGACAAAAAGAUAAUAGAGGCGCUAAGCAAUUGAAAGAUAAUGGACAAGAUAUCAAGCGUAGUGGGGAAAAUAACACGAAAUCUACAACUAAUGAUGAUAAAGAUGCUGAAUUUGAUAACGCUUAUGAAGAUUAUGAUGUAGAUUUGUUUAAUGGGUAUUUUGUCGUACUAUUCUACCAAUCAGGAAAUUUAAGUACGACAACAGCAACAGCAGCAACAGCAGCAACAGCAAGGGAAGAAAGAGAUCUCUCUUCUUUUGAUUUUGAAGUUGACGCUAUUGCCAAGAUCAAGACUGAUUCGGUUGUAAAUGCAUUAGGCCAAGGAUUAAAAGGGUAUCAUGAACCAAUAACAAACUAA